AGUCACUCCUCUCUCCAAAAUGGAAAAGAUCAAGCACAGUCAUGUCCAAGUAAGAGAACUAAAACUUCAUGUAGCAGAGAUUGGAAGCGGUCUUAAGGUGGUGGUCUUCUUGCAUGGGUUUCCCGAAAUAUGGUAUACAUGGAGGCACCAGAUGGUUGCUGUUGCAAAUGCUGGGUACCGAGUAAUAGCCAUAGACUUCAGGGGCUAUGGACUGUCUGAUCAGCCAGCAGAGCCAGAGAAAGCAACUUUCAAGGACCUUGUUGAUGAUGUUGCCAGCCUCCUUGACUCUCUGGGCAUCAACAAGGCUUUUCUUGUUGGUAAGGACUUAGGAGCCAUCCCAGCAUACCUAGUACCAGCAGUCCACCCAGAAAGGGUGUGUGGCGUCAUAACACUUGGUGUUCCUUUCAUGUUACCUGGUCCUUCUGCUAUCCAAAGUCAUCUCCUUCCUGAAGGCUUCUAUGUAUCGAGGUUUCAGGAGCCGGGGCGAGCAGAAGCGGAUUUCAGCCGCUUUGAUGUUAAGUCAGUGAUAAGGAAUAUCUACACUCUUUUCUCUGGAAGUGAGGUUCCGGUGGCGGCAGAGGAGCAGGAAAUCAUGGACUUGUUCAACCCAUCUACUCCUCUGCCGCCAUGGUUCUCCGAGGAAGAUCUCUCAGUCUAUGCAUCCUUGUAUGAAAAAUCUGGAUUCCGUUUUCCCUUGCAGGUUCCCUACAGGACUUUAACUGUGGAUUGUGGUAUAACUGACCCAAAAGUGAAAGCUCCAUCGCUGCUAAUUAUGGGUGAGAAGGAUUAUGUCUUAAAAUUUCCAGGGAUGGAGGAGUAUAUAAGGGGUGGGGCCGUGAAGCAUUUUGUACCCGAUUUAGAUAUCAAGUACUUGCCGGAGGGAAGCCAUUUUAUCCAUGAACAAUUCCCGGAGCAGGUGAAUGAGCUCAUCAUCACCUUCCUCAACAAACAAACCAUCUGAAGAGGCCGGAGGUGCAAGAAUGACCCAAUUUCAGAAAAUAGAUUGUUUCCAUGGCAUAUGCUUGGUUCCAUAUAUAUAUAUAUGGGUUUGGAUUUCCUGCAUUUUGGUGUCAAUUUGGGUCAGAUAUGUAUAAAACAAUGGAGGAUGUAAAGAGUGGCAAUUAUAAUGUUACAUUUGCUUCUCUUCACCUAGGCCGGAAGUGGAAUUACAGUUUCCAUCUGAUUAAAGAAAAUAUUCCAAAUAAUAUGCAUAGCUGAAUAUAAAUGCAGCAAA